UGUGACAUGGCUCAUGUCCGGACCUAUAAUCCGCGCGUUCGUGUGGGAAACUGGUAUGAAGACGUGACUUUAAAAGAGGAAACCCUAAAGGACUUCAUUCUUCAAAAAGACAGAGGCGAACUCACAGUCCAGAAAGAAGGAGCUUUGAAACAAAACAUUUUGAAACCAGUGAGUUUAUCAGUGACGCAGGAUGGCUUUCUGCACUUUGGUGACACAAUCAUGCUGGUGAACUCUGGAGGUGGAGAGCAUGACCAGCGUGGCACUUGUGUUCUUAGCAUCAUUGGCGACAUCAGUAAUAUCGCAUCACGUUCAGAGACAAAUUCAGUCCCCCACCUUCUCGGGCCCCUCCAAGUGGGGGGAUCCCACAGCAUGACCCCUUGUGUUAGAAACGCCUUUAUCAUUACAAGUGUUGAUGGGACCUCAGAUGGAGAGCUGCUCAGAUACGAUCAAAGCUUUGCCCUGAGAACUACUGCAGACUUUGCCGGAGAGCUGUUCCUUUCCAGUGAUCACCGAACAUUUCUGAAGUGUGCUAAGAAGUCUCGACUACAGGAGUUGAGUUUGGUUGAGAAGUUUGAUUUCCUGUGCUGGUGGAAGGUCCUUUACUUUGACCCCCAAGAAAGGCUUGAAAAUGAGGGAUACCCUGUUCAGGUGAACAGCAAGGUUUUGAUUUCCCACUUUAAGACAAAUCAAUGUCUGGCUGCACUCAGCAAUCACAUCCUAUGGACUCCUUUUGGUAAAGAAUAUGAACUCACUGCUCACACCUUCUUGGACUCCCAUAAAGCUGAGCGGGACAAUAACCAUUGGCUGUUUUUUACCGCUCAUCCUGCCAAUCAAAAUGAAACCCUGAUGCAACUGCAGCAAGACACAGUCAUAACGGAUGAGCAAAGAGAAAACCAAGAGGACACACAAGUAAAAGAGUGCAGUUAAAAAGAACAGAAACAUAGAAGGAAAAUAACACAAUAAUAAUAUCAAUAAAUAUUUUUGAAAAUUA